AUGGCCAAGGAAGGCGAGCGGUCAGCUCCGGCCGACAAGGGCAAGGGCAAGGUUGAUGAUGUCAAGGAUCUUGGAGGGAGUAAAGAGAAGCCUGAGGAGAAGACACAAGGCAACGGGAAGAAGAAGGACGAUGAGCCGCAGGAAGAGGAGCUCAGUGAAGAGGAUCAACAGCUAAAGAGUGAACUCGAGAUGCUUGUUGAAAGGUUACAGGAACCGGAUACUUCGCUUUACGGACCCGCUUUGGACGCCAUCAAGACUUUUAUUAAAACUUCUACCUCUUCAAUGACUGCAGUUCCUAAGCCUCUGAAAUUCCUACGACCACACUACGAUGAUCUAGCGGCGCUCUAUGACAAGUGGUCCGCCGGCGCAACCAAGGAUUCGUUGGCGGAUAUGCUUUCUGUCCUCGGAAUGACGUACGGGGACGAAGAGAAACUCGAAACGCUCAAAUACCGACUUCUCACCAAAUCGGAUGACCUCGGUUCCUGGGGCCACGAAUACGUCAGGCACCUGGCGUUGGAGAUCGGCCAGGAAUAUCAGAACAGAGUAAACGACGAAAAGGAAGUAGACGAUCUGAUCAAACUCGCGGUUUCGCUUGUUCCAUAUUUCCUUAGACACAAUGCAGAAGCCGAUGCCGUUGAUCUUAUGAGCGAACUUGAGAUUAUAGAGGAGAUUCCUCAGUUCGUGGAUGAGAACACAUAUUCAAGGGUUUGCUUGUAUAUGGUCAGCAUGGUGCCUCUCCUUACCUACCCCGAGGACCACCAGUUCCUCCGGACGGCACACGAAAUCUACGUUCGUUACAAGGAGCUCACGAAAGCUAUUGUGCUCGCUAUCCGCCUAAACGAUGUUGACCUCAUCAAGAGUGACCUUGAAGCGACGUCGGAUCGGUCGCUCAAGAAACAGAUGGCUUUCCUAGUUUCUAGGCAACAAAUAUGGCUCGAUGACUUGGGCGAUGACGAGCAGGACGAGACUUUCAUGGAGUGUCUGAACAACACCUCGAUCCCAAAGCAUUUCAAGUCGCUUGGGAAGGAACUGAACAUCCUCGACCCAAUUAUGCCGGAAGACAUCUACAAAACCCACUUAGAAAGCAGCCGAGGAGCAGGCCUCACCAAUGUCGACUCUGCCAGACAUAAUCUUGCAAGUGCCUUUGUCAAUGCAUUCGCAAAUGCCGGUUUUGGCAACGAUGAGAUGAUGAUUGUCGAAGGUGACAAGGGUUCUUGGGUUUGGAAGACAAAGGAUGAUGGCAUGUUGUCUACCACCGCCUCAAUGGGUAUGCUCCUGCACCGAGAUGUCGACACUGGUUUGGACAAAAUUGAUAAGUACACGUACGCCUCCGAGGAUCAGAUCAAGGCCGGUGCUUUAUUGUCUAUUGGAAUACUCAAUUCAGGCGUGCGCCUUGAUUCUGACCCCGCGUUGGCCCUUCUGUGUGACAACGAGAACUUGGAGGCAAAGAAUAUUCCCAUGAGAGUUGCCACAAUCAUGGGCCUUGGUUUAGCGUACGCCGGGUCCAACAAGCAGGAAAUUCUUGACGCUUUACUGCCUAUCGUGGAAGAUGUAUCUCUCGAUAUGCAACUCUCCGCAAUGGCGGCUGUCUCACUUGGUCUUGUCUUUGUUGGGUCAUCGAAUCACCAAGUCAGUGAGGCAAUCGCUACCACCCUCAUGGACGAGGAGCGCCAGAAGCAGCUUAAGGAUAAAUGGACUCGCUUCAUGGCUCUUGGUCUAGCGCUUUUGUACUUCGGUCGCCAGGAAGAAGUUGAUGUGAUCCUCGACAUCCUCAAGGCUGUCGAUCAUCCUAUGGCGAAGCCUACCUCCGUCCUCGCCUCCGUCUGUGCUUGGGCAGGUACCGGCACCGUUCUGAAGCUGCAGGAGCUUCUCCACAUCUGCAACGAUGUCAUUGAGGAAAGUGAUGAGAAGCAGGGUGAAGAGCUUGUGCAAUCUUACGCCGUGCUAGGUCUGUCGUUGAUUGCGAUGGGAGAAGAUGUUGGUCAGGAUAUGAUUCUUCGACAGUUCGGCCAUCUCAUGCACUACGGCGCUAGCAACAUUCGAAAGGCGGUUCCUCUUGCUAUGGGUCUUAUCAGCCCAAGUAACCCUCAGAUGAAGGUGUACGACACUUUAUCGAGGUACAGUCACGACAAUGAUAAUGAUGUUGCCAUUAAUGCCAUUUUCGCCAUGGGUCUCUGUGGUGCCGGUACGAAGAACUCGCGUUUGGCGCAACUAUUGAGGCAGUUGGCCAGCUACUACCACCGCGACCAGAACUCCUUAUUCAUGGUGCGUAUUGCUCAGGGUCUACUGCACAUGGGCAAGGGCACUAUGACACUAAACCCAUUCCACACCGACCGCCAGGUGCUGAGCCGAGUAUCGGCUGCUGGCUUGCUCACUGUUCUCGUGUCGUUGAUCGAUGCGAAGCAGUUCAUCCUUGCUGAGCACCAUUACCUCCUCUACUUCCUCAUCACAGCCAUGUACCCGCGCUUCCUUGUCACGCUCGACGAAGACCUCCAGCCGCUUCCGGUCAACGUCCGCGUCGGACAGGCUGUUGAUGUUGUUGGACAGGCUGGAAGGCCAAAGACGAUCACUGGUUGGCAGACACAGAGCACCCCUGUGCUGCUUUCCUACGGUGAGCGAGCAGAGCUGGAGGAUGAGAAAUAUAUUCCUCUCAGUAGCACAUUGGAGGGUUUGGUUAUCUUGCGUAAGAACCCUAACUGGGAGGAAGAAAGCUCCGCCUGAGCAACAGUGUCCUGAAUGGUAUCUAGUGAGAUAGACCAAACGCAAUAUCUGGCGUUCCUAUACAGCUUAGGCCUUAAUGAAUUCACAAAAGUCCAAAGCAUAG